GCCCAAACACAGCGUAGUCAACACACUACUGCGAUGGCCGAGAGAGGCUUGUUACGAAGCGUCCGUGGAGAGGAGAGCGCUGCCUCUCCGGAGAGGUCAGUGGUCGUGCACGACCAGCACAUCGCGGAGAUCACGUCAAGAGCAUAUAAUGAGCUCGAAGCCCUUGCUCGUGCCGUCCCACCUUCCUCACGUCAGCUCCAGCCUCCCCUCGGUCCAGGUUCAGCCGGCACCAGAGGCGCUACUGCGGGGCCCCAGUCAUCGGCAUCGUCUCUGUUCAUGCCGCGGUCAUCAAAGAACUCGCUGGGAAUUCGCAAACCGCUUGCGCGAUGCAACGAAUCGGAGCUGCGAAACAUCUUGGCUAGGAACACCACCUUGCUUCGUAGUGUCCAGGUACAGAACUCAUUGGGCGAGGCGCGAGUAGACCGAAUACGACGAGAGACACAGGAGGUUCAGGAUCGACUCGACGCUCUUUCUUUGACGAGAAGUAUGGACGAAACCGGCAUCUCAUCCGGACCGCACCAUCGGCCAUCUACGGAACCACGGUAUCAGCGCGAGGAGAGCAGCGUACGACAGAUGCUACGGGACGAAAAGCCGGCGCCUCAACGGGGGAAGGCGCAGAUGAUAUCUUUUGAGGAGUCUGAGAAACUACAGAGAGCCGAUUUUGAAGCUCGACAGGAGCUUCAAAAGAGAAUGGAUCUGGAGAGGGUAGAGAGACAGAUGGGACGCAUGGGUUUAGGACCUCAGGGGUCACACCACCAGAACUAUGGGGGUCGCGAAGAUGACGACGAUGACAACGGCGGUCAAAGCCAAGGACGUGAUGAAGACGAAGAAGGAGACGAGAGAGGCGACUUUGGCGUCGAAGACGAGGCUUGGGGAUGACCACGACUAUCAUUUGUACUGUACCAUUAUAAUGCCGCUGGAAGAAGAAAUUCGACCGUAGCGGAUCUCUUCACCGC